GGACCCAGUCCUGCCCGCGCCCCCGAGCUCCCUCAGCUCGUCGCCGAGCAGCAUGUGCCCAUCCCCCCUCACGACAAAGACACCCAACGCCUGAUCGUCAUCCUCUCCAAUGCCAGUCUGGAAACGUACCGGGCAUCUCACGGCGGCCGUGGCGGGCCCAAGGAUGAGAAAUACUCCCUGUUGAACAGCGACGAGCACAUCGGGAUCAUGCGCAAAAUGAACCGGGAUAUCAGCGAGGCGCGCCCGGAUAUUACGCACCAGUGUCUCCUCACCCUCCUGGAUUCCCCGGUCAACAAGGCCGGGCGGCUGCAGAUUUACAUUCACACGGCCAAGGGCGUUCUGAUUGAAGUCAACCCCUCCGUCCGCAUUCCCCGCACCUUCAAGCGCUUUGCCGGAUUGAUGGUCCAACUGCUGCACCGGCUCUCGAUCCGCUCGACGAAUUCCCAGGAGAAACUGCUCAAGGUCAUCAAGAACCCGAUCACCGACCACCUGCCGCCCAACUGCCGCAAGGUGACAAUGAGUUUCGAGGCGCCCGUGGUGCGCACCAAGGAUUACAUCGAGUCGCUGGGCCCGAAGGAGAGCAUUGCCAUUUUCGUCGGCGCCAUGGCCAAGGGCCACGAUGACUUUGCCGACACCUUCAAGGAUGACACCAUCAGUAUCAGCAACUACAGUCUCAGCGCCAGUGUGGCGUGCAGCAAGUUCUGCCACGCGGCCGAGGAGGUGUGGGAUAUUCUGUGA